CCCACUACAUAUCAACCUUCCACAUACCAUAGGAGGUAGUUACCUUUUAUAGGCACAUAUCUAUUACUCUACGUGGUUGGUAGUUACGAGCUAUCAAAUUAAGCCUUGAUAUGUCUCGGUCUCUGUAUCCUAAUACGGAUAUUUGAAUUGUCCUCUGAGGAGGGUCCUAAUGCCGUCUUGCAACAUGACAGGGAUGUCAUAAAUAACAACCCUUAUGGACCUCGUUUGUAUUCUGAACACUUGUACUCUGAACUCAUCGGGUAUCCGUACAACCUCGUUUAAAAGGAGGAUCUUCUAUAGGUCUGAAAUGAUCAAUUUCAAUUUGAAAAAAGGGUUUGACAUUCUAGGUGUCAUCUAGUCAAUUUGAUUCUACUUCCACCCACCAUGACUCCCACCAAGCACAUUCUAGAUCAGGGGUGGACUUUUCAGCAAAGCAACAGUUCCUCAGAUGACUGGCUCCCAGUGCAAAAAGUUCCAAGUCAGGUUCAUAUAGACUUACUAGCCAACAACAAGAUCCCAGACCCAUUCAACGAUCUCAACGAACUAGCUGUACAAUGGAUUGCUGAGAAGGACUGGACAUACAAGGUCCAAUUUCAGAGGCCCCCGCGUCCUGUAGUUGAUGGAUCGCUCAUCACGGAUGUUGUCUUCGAGGGUCUUGAUACCUUUGCAACAGUACUGUUGAAUGGAAGUGAGAUCUUGAAGUCAGAUAAUAUGUUCUUGUCUCAUCGAGUAGAGAUUUCCAACCUCCUUAAGGAUGACAAUAUUCUCGAAAUCAAAUUUGACUCGGCUUUGUUACGGGGCCGGCAGCUGGUAGAAGAGCACAGCCAUGAGCACACGUUCUACGUACGGCAAACAGAAGUCGGUCGUGUUCCUGUGAGAAAGGCUCAAUAUAAUUGGGGCUGGGAUUGGGGACCGAUACUAAUGACGGCUGGGCCCUGGCGGCCAAUUUACCUAGAACAAUACGUCUCAAGAAUUGAUGACGUUUGGACCCAUUACGAAGUUAGUGAAGACCUGAAAAGAUGUUCAGGUCGCAUCCUUGCCAAAGUUGCUGGUGCAAGUCAAAAGUCAAUCGUAUUUUCAGUAUCUUUCGGAGGGACGACUGUUUGGGAAAAAGAAUGCACCAUUGACUCCGAUAGGCUUGCUGAAACAGAGUUCCAGAUCGACAACCCAGAGUUGUGGUAUCCAUUUGGUUACGGUCAGCAAGUCCGUUACGAGCUGAAGGCAACCAUUGCGGGCAACGAAAAAACCAAACUUAUUGGUUUCCGGCGAAGCGAAUUGGUCCAGGAAAAGGACGAGUUUGGCAAGUCCUUUUACUUCCGCAUUAACGGAAUCGACGUGUUCGGUGGUGGAUCGUGUUGGAUCCCCGCAGACAGUUUUCUCUCUCAAAUCCCGGCACAACGAUACCGCGACUGGAUGAAGCUCAUGGUGGAGGGGAACCAGCAUAUGCUUAGAAUCUGGGGCGGUGGAAUUUAUGAGGAUGAUACCCUUUUUGACGCUUGCGACGAGCUCGGAGUCCUUGUAUGGCACGACUUCCAAUUCGCAUGUGCCAGUUAUCCAACAUAUCCCUCCUACUUGGAAUCUAUUGAGCAAGAAGCACGACAAAAUCUUCGCCGGCUGAGGUCUCAUCCCUCUUUAGUGAUAUGGGCCGGAAAUAAUGAGGACUACCAGGUCCAGGAGCGCUACCAUCUUCACUACGAUUAUGAAGGGGAUAAAGAUCCUCAAUCAUGGUUGAAGUCUAGUUUCCCGGCCAGGUACACAUACGAGUACCUACUGCCAAAGAUCGUUAAGGAAGAGGACCCAUUCAUGAUCUAUCACCCAAGUAGCCCCUGGGGAGAUGGAAAGCACACUACCGAUAAGACAGUAGGAGACAUUCAUCAAUGGAAUAUAUGGCAUGGUGCGAUGAAUAGAUAUCAGGAGACUCAUCUACUUUCUGGCCGAUUUAUCAGCGAGUUCGGGAUGGAGGCUUACCCGCAUCUCGAAACAAUUCGUGACAUGAUUAAAGACACACAACAACAGCACCCAGGAUCCAUGAUGAUGGACUUUCGCAAUAAAGCUAUUGACCAUGAGCGCCGUAUGAUAACAUACGUUGCAGAGAAUUUCUUGGUGAAAUAUGACCUUCCGUCAUAUACCCACCUCACGCAAAUUGUUCAAGCGGAAACCAUGUACUUCGCCUACAAGACAUGGCGUCGAGAAUGGGGCAAACCCGGAGCGCGUAAGUGUGGGGGUGUGUUGGUAUGGCAAUUGAACGACUGCUGGCCGACAAUGAGCUGGGCUGUAGUUGACUACUAUCUCGUCAAGAAGCCAGCUUUCUACGCAAUUGCGAACGCCUUGAAGCCACUGGCUGUGGGUGUGUCUCGAACGUAUCACGAAUGGACAACAGGCCACGCCGAUCCCACUUUGCCCUCUCGAGACUCUAAAUUCGAUCUCUGGGUAGUAAGCAAUCGACAAGAAACAGCCCAGAUCGAAAUAACCCUACGAUUCAUCUCGGUUCGGACAGGACAGGAUAUUCAGUCCCCUGUAAAACUUGAUACCGUAUCGGCGCAGCCAAACAGCACAACAGAGAUCUUUCAAGAUCAUGCUACCCCUAUGCUAGAAUCUCGGUUAGCUAAUACUACGCAGCCAUUCAACCCAGCGAAAUACGAUCCCUAUAUAAUCCACGCUAUCGUCAAAGAAGAUGGCCAACUGAUUGCGACCGAUACCGCGUGGCCACAGCCACUGAAGUACUUGGACUUCUCCGAUCGAAACAUAAAAUUCAAAGCCUUAUCUACCAACAAAGUCGGCAUACUCUCUGCUCGCCCAGUAAAGGGAUUUGUUUUCGAAGAGACCCGGGACGUAAAACUAAGCGAUAAUGGGUUCGAUCUCGUCCCGGGUGAAGAGAAGAUUGUACAUGUAUCCGGGGCGGCUUUAGACUCUUUACGCUACACCUACAUUGGAGCUCCAGAGGCGUCUUUGAAAAUGUCGGUGUCCACGUCGGAAGGGAGCUGGACGGCAUCGGUCGCUAGUCUUGUGUCAAAGAUCACCUCUUGAGGAGCUAUGUAGAAAUAAGGAGACGCUACACAUGUAUCUAUCUUGACGCUUACUUUUGGCGGGAUGAUCGACGUGCCAGACUAAAGGUCCGACCCCAUACCUAUACGGAGAAGUUUAUAUUAGACUGCCACCUGGUCGGCCUGAGUCAUUAAUUUAAAAGACUGUUAGUCCGAGAUCUCUUUAUACCACUAAAAAUAGUCAUGGAACCUGACUGAGAUGCUCAUGUUAUCGUCUUGUCUGGGUUUACGAACCAAAUUUGGACGCUGGAACUAUCAGAAUCAAAUCAAAUCCCACGAAAUAUGUCAUGUAAAGUUCCUUGGGCUUUUACGAACUUCAAUCCCCAUCUUAUUAGGUAUGAGAUCGUCUUGUUAUGAGUAUUGCAGUCAAAUGCACCUCAUUUUCAUAUGCAUUCCAAA